AUGACACGGCUUUAUCAAUACAAGGAUCUUGAAGUCGAAUCAAUCAACUUUAUUGAUAUCCAUGCUUUGGAUGUAUUGCAGUCAGAUGAUUUUCUUUCUUUGUCAUCCGAAGCUCUUCAUGAAAUCUUAAAACGUGACUCGUUUUGUGCUAACGAAUUAGUUAUAUUCCGUAUGGUUUGUCGCUGGAUCAAUGAGAACCAAAUCGACGUGGAUCCUGAUACUAAAAUCAGAGUUUUAUCUGCCGUCAGGUAUCCGUUAAUGAGCGAUGAAGAACUGUCCGAGGCUAGGAAAUCACAAGUGGGCAGUACAGUUUCUAAUGUCAUACAAUUUAAAAACACGUGGUCACCAGAUGAGCCUAAACUUCGCGGACAACUAAAAUCCGAUGUGAAUCUUAUUAAUGAGUCUCAGAGUUAUCCUCCAAUCCGUGGCAAUGAUGGCGGUACUUAUAUGUUAACGUUGGACCAUCCUUCAUUUAUAAACUAUAUUGAAUUAUUGUUAUCAGAUGGAAUUGCCACGAAUCCAAAAUGUAUGAAUGCGUCUGUAAUCAAAGGUACAAAUAGUGUUAGUGAUUGCUCGCUAUUAGAUCACUACUGUGAAAGCUCGUCUAGGUUUGAAGAAUACACAUGGCAUUGGAUAGGAUCGAGUUCUAUAGUGGUUCACCUUGUACAACCGUAUAUACUUAGCUCAAUAAGGUAA